AUGACGUCGCCGCUCUGCGUCGCGGUGAAGGAGACCGAGUACGGCGCGUCGCCGUCGUUCUUCUUCUCCGCAGCCGACCGGCUUCGGCUCUGCCGUGCUGGCUCCGGCCGGGCUGGCAAGGCCAUGCUGAAGCAGCUGGUGCAGGACCAGCUUCGCGCAGUGCUCUCGGACUACAUCUAUUUCGACGACGCAACCUACAAGACGCCGGGUUGGGGAAAUGUGCUGCUCGAAAACGUCCGCGUGCGCGAGACGGCUUUUGAGCGUUUCGGCCUCCCAAUCGCCGUCAAGUCUGGGCGUGUCGGUCGGCUGGAGGUUUCGCUCCCGAUCGGCAACUUCAACAACAAGCCGGUGCAGCUGGUGCUCCACGAGCUCUACGUGGUCGCCGGGCCGAUCCGCAACUUUGACCGAGACCGCGCCAUCUCCAACAUGAGAAAGGCAAAGGCGGACGCGAUUCUGAGCGCGCAGGCGGCGGAGAUUGCGGAGCGGCUGGCGGAGCAGGGCGGCGACUCCUCCUCCUCCAAGCGCGCGGGGAAGGACGACGCGAAGAAGCGAGGCUCUUCGAUCAUCGACAUCCAAACCAUCAUCGACAACAUCCAAGUGUCGAUCUCGGACCUGCACCUGCGGUACGAGGACGACGACUCGCGGCUGGCGCCCGAGCUGCACACCGCCAUCGGCCUGACCAUCCGGCGGCUGACCGUACGCACGUGCGACGAGCAGUGGAAGCAGGUGUGGAGGAACGUGUCGCGCGGCAAGGACGGCAACGUGUCCUCCUCCUCCAACCGCCAGGUCAAGUGCGACGCACUCGCCUUCUACUCGAACAAAAAGUCGUCCGACCGCUGGUCGAUGGAUCUCGCCGACGAGAUCAACCGGCGGCUGCUGCUGGCGAUGAUCACGCAGCGGUCGGGCGGCCGCGAGGCGCUGGUCAAGCAUGUCCUCGAGCCAACCUCGGUGGACAUCCGCGCUGCGCUGCUGCCGAUGCUCGACGGCGGUCGCCGAGCGACGGCGGAGGCGCCGCCGCAAGCCGACGUUAAGGUCGAGGCGUCGGACGUGGAGCUAGUGCUGGAUGAGCGCCAAUGGGCGCUCCUCGCCUCCCUCUCCGCUCACUCUGACUCACCCUAA